AUAAUUCCUUCUUUUUUUUUGGGUUUUUAAAAUGUGUAGCUACAUCCACUUCUAAUGACAAUUGGAUUUGUUUUAGUUAGUGGAGAAGGUAUCAUGAUAUACAAAUCUGCCCCUGGAAAACAAAGAUCAUUGAAGGUGGUUCACUUGUUAUUGCAUCUGGUAGCUCUAGCAACUGGAAUUUUAGGAAUUGUCACAGUUUUCAAAUUCAAGAAAGAGGAGGGCCUUCCUAAUAUGUAUACAUUACACUCAUGGCUAGGCAUGUCAGCUAUCUGCUCUUUCGGUUUGCAGUAUAUUUUGGGAUUCUUUGCCUACUUCUUCCCUGGAGCAGAAAUGUACACAAGAGCAUCACUAUUACCAUGGCACAGGUUUAUUGGAAUGGUCAUCUUCUUACUUUCAGUUGGCACAGCUCAAUUGGGUUUGGCUCAAUAUUUUCAGUUUCUGGGACUUUUUCGCAGCCAAGAAGCAUUAAUAGUGAACUUCACUGGCCUAUUACUCUUUCUAUUUGCUGUCUUUGUUGCCCUUUCUAGAAUUCUUCCUAGAUAUUCAUAAAUAGGUUACAAUAAUUACUUUUUGUCAAUUUAAUUUGAAAUUCUAUUACCCUAAUAUCAAUAAGUUCAUUU